ACCACUAGAGGCGCAUACAUUUUCUUAUUAGAUGAGCUGUCACAACAUUCACGCUAAACGUCAAACUUUUGUGUACCUUCUUCGCAGUUCAUUCCACGUCACAUUCGUAGUUUUAGCUGAGGAUUUCUUACCACCAACAUCAAUAUGAGCCGCCAAUCCAAUGAAGUCGAUGAGCUAUUCGAUGUGAAGAAUUCCUUCUACAUCGGCAACUAUCAGCACUGCAUCAAUGAGGCGAACAAGAUUGGGAAACCAUCGCUCGAGAAGGACGUCUUCCUGUACCGGGCUUACAUCGCGCAGCACAAGUACCGAGUCGUGCUGGACGAGAUCAAGCCCAGCAAUGACACUCCGCUUCUGGCGCUGCGCCACCUAGCCGAGUACUUGUCCAACCGGUCCCGCAAGGAAGCCAUCGUAAGCCUGUUCGACGACAAGUUCAAGCAGGACAUCAACUCGCUGGACGUGAUCUGGAUCAUCGUUGAGGCCAUCAUCUACUGCAACGAGGGAACUUAUGAGACGGCUUUGAAGAUUCUCCACGGAAACUUCAACCUGGAGUGCCUGUCGCUGCAGCUGCAAUGCUUGCUGAAUAUGUCGCGGGUUGAUCUGGCCAAGCAGGUGCUGGCUACGAUGCAGGAGAAAGACGAUGACGCCACGUUAACGCAGCUGUCCCAGGCUUGGUUGAACAUCCAGCUGGGCGGUGAGAAGCUCCAGGAUGCCUUCUUCAUCUUCCAGGACUUUUGCGACAAGUUUUCACCCUCGCUGCUGCUGCUGAACGGCCAGGCCGUGUGCUACAUCGGUCAGCAAAAGUACGACGACGCGGAGAACGUGCUGCGGGAGUGUUUGAACCGUGACCCGAACAACUACGACACGCUGAUCAACCUGCUGGCGCUUUCGCAGCAGAAGGAGAAGAACAACAGUCUGUUCAACCGGUAUCUGUCGCAGGUGCUGGACGAGCACAAGGACAGUGCCCUGGUAGCCACCUACAACAAGAAACAGUCCGAGUUUGACCGGCUGGUGAUGCAAUAUGGGCCGUCGAACAGUACCGAUGCCCAGGAUAUCGUCGUUUGAAUGAGUGUAGUCUUAUAAAGAGCUUGAUGUAUUGAUUUUUAAAAUGUAAGGUACUUGAACUAAAACAAUGAUAACAACAUGUAGGAA